AAAAGUCAGCAAAAGAACAGACCUUUUAUACUCGAUAUUAAGGAUAAAGUUAGGUUAGAAUGAUAAAGUUAAGCUAUAUAAGUAAAUCAUUGGAGUCGUAUUAACAACUAACUGAUAUUUAUAACAUAAAUUGUUGAAAAAUGACUAUGGGAGCAUUAAACGAGUAUUUAGAAACUUUGGCCGGUUAUAUUUUUGAUAACGAUAAGCUGGUUACUUAUAAGUGGCUUAGCAAGGAACUACAUGUCCAUGUCAAUGUGGCAAAACAAAUUUUAUGGGAAUUCUAUCAAAAUUACAAUAAAAAUAACAAUAUUGAAUGUACAUAUUUGCUAAUUGGCCUUCUAAAGGAUAAAGGAAUGCGUGUAGAAGUUGUCAAAGAGUCUAAUGUAUCUAAAGCUAAGGAAAAGUUCAGUAAAAUUAUUUCGGAGCACCUAUAUAGUGUUCACAAACCACUUGCGGAUUUGGAGCUGCUUGCCAAUUCUGAUUCUGGUGACAUAAAUUACAGUGCGAUAAAGUGUGAUGCUUGCAAAGAACGAAGCGACGAAGAAAUGCAACUAUUACGAUGGGGUACAGUUGCAAAAAAGAUUACAAUGGAAAAUAUGACAAGUUUAAAAUCCACAGAUUUUCUAAAUCCAUCAAAAACAGAAAAAAAUCCAAUAACAGCAAAGAAACAUGGAUUUAAUAAUCUGUUUAAUAAGACUGGGAAAACAAAGAGUUCUGAAAAAUUAAAAUCAUUCUUUCAAGAGGAUGAUAGAAACUCGAUGAAAGAAGAUAAAGAUUCUUGUAAGGAAAAAGAUUCGACAAAGGAAAAUAAAACUUUAACAGAGAAAGCCAAUAAUUUAACAGAAGAGGAAAAAGAUGUGAAAAAAGAUAAAAAUUCUAUCAAUAAAAAUAAAGAUUUUUCUAAAGAUUCUGUAGAAAAAAUUAAUUCAAUAGAGAAAAAUAAAGGGUCUAUAAUUAAUUCUUCCACUAAAAAAACACAAAAUAAUUCUGUAAAGAAAGGGCGCUUGGAUAACUUCUUUGGAAAACAGACAUUUCCUUCAAAAUCUAUUGUAGAAAUAACAUCGCCAGAAAAGACUAAUGAUAAUGUUAAAAAAGAAUCUACGGAAGGAAAAGUAGUGAAGGAAAAGAAGAGUGGGAAAAAGCGAAACAGAAGUAAAGACACCGAUGAAGUUGCUAAAAAACGGAAGAGAAUUGUUAUACAGGAUGAUUCCAGUGAUUCAGAGAUACAAAGUGAUGUAGAAAUGGAGGAAUCAGUAUCAGAACCAGAGCCGGAAAUUCCUGCAAAAUCAAAGAGUCCUUCUCCACCAAAAGUGAAACAUGAAAAUGGCAAAAGGAAAGUAUUAAAGUUGGUCAACAAAACUUAUAAGGAAGGUGAAUACAUUGUGACAAAAAAAGAACAUAUCUAUGUGAGCUGUUCAGAAGAUGAGGAAGAGAAAAAAGAAGAAGAAAUAAGAAAAAGGAAAAGAAAAGCAGAAACUAAGAUAGAGAAGGUGAAGAAGAAACAAUCCACAUUAACAGCCUUUUUCAAGAAGUCUUAGAACUUUCCAUCUAAUUUACAAAUCUUUGUUUUUUGACAACUAAUAUGAACAUUGUUUUAAUUAUUAAUAUUGAUAAAAUAUAAUAAGUAUCAUGUACAUUAUUAAUAAUAAAAUAAGUAAUAUACGAUAUUAAUGAGUAACUUCAUAUUGCUUUUGUAAUAUAAUAUAUAAUGAAAAAAAUUA